CUCUUCACUGGCAUCUUGGCCGGAGAUUCAGUUCGUCAGCGUCCGCCGCUCGAGGAGCAUCUGAAAAAAAUAGUAAAAAGAUGAGCUGUCCCUACGCAGGAAGCGGAAACGAUCACGAUGACGCUGCGGUUCCCCUGUCCACCGAAGUGGGCAAAAUCUACGGCGAGUACCUGAUGCUGGACAAGCUGUUGGAUGCCCAGUGCAUGCUCUCCAAGGAGGACAAGCGACCGGUUCACGACGAGCACCUCUUUAUAAUCACCCACCAGGCCUACGAACUGUGGUUCAAACAAAUUAUUUUCGAGUUCGACUCCAUCAGGGACAUGUUGGACGCGGAGGUGAUUGACGAGACCAAGACCCUGGAGAUUGUCAAAAGACUCAAUCGGGUGGUUCUCAUAUUAAAGCUCCUUGUGGACCAGGUGCCCAUAUUGGAGACCAUGACUCCUUUGGAUUUUAUGGACUUCCGAAAGUACUUGGCCCCCGCCUCAGGAUUUCAGUCCCUACAGUUCCGUCUUAUCGAAAACAAACUCGGAGUCCUCACGGAACAGAGGGUUCGAUAUAAUCAGAAGUACUCAGACGUCUUUGGGGGCGACGAAGAUGCUCUGACCGCCAUCAGGAGCUCCGAGCAGGAACCCUCGCUCCUAGAACUGGUCCAGCGUUGGCUGGAGCGCACACCCGGCCUGGAGGAGAGUGGCUUCAACUUCUGGGAGAAGUUCCAGCAGAGCGUGGACAAGUUUCUGGAGGCCCAAGUGCACAGUGCCAUGGAAGAGCCAGUGGAGCGGGCCAAGAACUACCGAUUGAUGGACAUUGAGAAGCGCCGAGAGGUCUACCGCUCCAUCUUCGACCCGGCGGUCCACGACGCUCUAGUGAGGCGGGGGGAUCGACGGUUCAGUCACCGGGCACUCCAGGGCGCCAUUAUGAUUACGUUUUACCGCGACGAGCCGAGAUUCAGCCAGCCCCACCAGCUGCUCACCCUGCUCAUGGACAUUGAUUCCCUGAUUACCAAGUGGAGAUACAAUCACGUGAUCAUGGUGCAACGCAUGAUUGGCUCCCAGCAGCUCGGCACCGGCGGCUCAUCCGGCUAUCAAUAUCUUCGCUCCACUCUCAGUGAUCGGUAUAAGGUUUUCCUGGAUUUGUUCAACCUGUCCACCUUUUUGAUUCCCCGCGAGGCCAUUCCGCCACUGGACGAGUCCAUUCGAAAAAAACUCAUCAACAAGAGCGUCUGACAUUGGUCAGGAGCUGAAUAAAAUGGAGGAAACCCCUUAAGUUCAUGCCCUGCCCCGGCUUACUAUUUGUUUUUUAUUCGUUUUUUUUUCUACAAACAAAUAUAUCACACAUAUACCUAAAUUUGAAAAAAUUGUUAAACUCUUUGUUUUCUUAAAAAUAACAAAUAUAGGUUCUAUACGUGCACUACAUUUUCAGUUUUCCUGCUUCAAAGCCCAAAAAUAUGCUCUAUAAAUCCAUUUUGAAACCUUAUUCUUCUCAUUCUAUUUAAUUUAGUUUCGCUAGUUUGCUUAAAUAUAAAACAUACAUAUUUGUAUUCCUUUCAAGAAAGAAAACAAGAAAGAAAUAUUUGAUUAUUUUUUUAAGAGAGAAACUUUUAAAUUAUAUUAUAACUACUUUUGUAAUAUUAUCGAA